GCUCUCGACACCCCUUCAGGUCUGUGGCCGGUAAAGGAGGAGGGGUGCCCCUGGGGAGACAGGUGGGGGGCCUGCCAGGCUGGCUUUCACGCGACACACCACCAGCUGGAGGGCAGGAGAAGGGAAGGCGGGUCCCUGAGGCUCCCAGGAAGCUUCCCCCCACCCUGCCCGGCCAGCUCCCACUCAGCAAGCAGCAUGGGGAGGGGCCGGGGGUACCUCCAAGGUCAGGGAGGGAUGGGGUGUGCGGUGGGUGGGGGCUGGAAGGCCUCUCCGAGGAGAUGCCGUCUCAGCAGGUGAGGGAUGAGCCCCUCGGGUACAGGCAGAGCUAGCUGCACCCACCAAAGCCUUGGGGGGGGGCGCAUAGCGGGCACAGCCAUGGUGUUUGUAUUAAAAUACUCUCCGAGCAGCUGUGCAACGUUGGCGAGGCUGACUCAGGGUUGAAGGUCAGUGAUAUGCAGCUAGCUUGAGGGUCCGGGACGCCAAGCUCCGGUGUCUGCACAGCCGGGGCUGACUCCCAGGGGGCGCAGGUGCAGGGCGGGUGGGCAGGACGGCUUCCGGGGCCAGGUUUGCGGGCCAACGAGCGAGCCGGGCUGGGGAGUAGCGGCACAGGUGGACAGGACGCCCCCAAGGCCGACCACAGUGACUUCCCGUUCCCCCCCGGCCCCCGAAGUCAGGGAGGGAAAUGGCCGUCCCUGGCCUGAUGCCUGGCUCUGGGGCGAGAGUGAGGCCCAUUGUUUGAGGCUGGAGCUUGGGGGGGGCCGGGGCCCAGGGGCCUCCAGGAAGCCCCCAGAAGUGCCCUCUGUCCCACUUCCCACAGAUCCAGAGCCUGAGCAAGGAGACAAGCACACAGCCCCGUCAACCCCGGCAGGAUGAAGGUGCCCACGGCCGUCCUCCUGGCCCUGCUGCUGUGCCAGCAGCCAGGCAGAGGGCAGGUGCAGGGCGAGGAGGAGGAGGACGACGACGCGGACUUUGGGCUGGAUGGCUAUGACGAUGACGAUGAGGAAGAGGAGGAGGAGGCCAGUGUGACUGCAGGCGGCAGGGGCAGAGCCGUGCUGCAGUGUUACUCCUGCCAGGCCCUGCACAGGGGGGAGAGUUGUGACCAGAUUCAGAACUGCGUCCACAGCCACAGCUUCUGCAAAGCCGUCGUCUCCCACGGGAACACCGGGUCGGGCCCUCUGACCACCUACUCGGCGUGGUGCGCAGACGCGUGUCAGCCCUUCGCCAAGACAGUGGAGGGGACCCGGAUGACCGUGACCUGCUGCCAGUCCACGCUCUGCAACCUCCCACCCUGGCAGGACCCACUGGGCAGGGGGGCAGGGAGCCCCCAGGGCAGCCCCACUCUGGUGGCCACUGUCCUCCUCAGCCUCCUCCCGGGCCUUCAGGCCGUGGGGUCCUGAGUGGGUGGUCCCACCCGGACCCCAGCCGGGCUCACACCCUGGAUGGCCAGCACUCACUCCAGUGCCUUACCCACCUGCCCGUCCCCCACCCCCCGGCUUUGGAGAAUAAACGUGGAGCGACUUCAGGGGUACGGCCAGCACUGGCUCCUCCCUUCCCCGCGUGUCCCCGCGUGUCCCCGCGUGUCCGAUCUGUCUGGCAUCUGCGGCCUCUCUCCCCACUGCCUGUGCCAGGACGUGGGCCUCAGGUCCAGGCCUCAGCUGCUCAGAGGGUGGGUCCACACAGCCUGGGGAGAGAAAACACGUGUCAUAUGCCGGAGUGGGGGGGGGGAGGGCGGCCCCAUUCUCUCCUCACCCUCCCGCCACUGAAACGCCUCCAUGCACGUGACUGUUGCCUGGGUUCCUGAGAAGUGGGCGGUGGGAGGGGCUGGGAAGAGAACCCAAGUGUGCCCCAGUGUCCACUGUGGCCAGGCUGGCACCGUUGGCUGCUGGGCUCUUGGCUUCCUGACUGGUGCCAAGACAGAGCCUUGGGACGGGAGGGAGGAAGCCUGGGUCUGGGCCUCAGUUUCCCCGUGGAUAAGUGUGGAACAAGGCCCUUGAUCUCCGCCAGCUCAACAUCCCCAGGGUAGGGGAGCCCAGAGUCCUCCGCUGCCUGUCAAGGAUCUCCAGCAGGUAGACAGCCUCCCACUCUCUGUUUCCUUCUUUCCUUAUUAAUGAAAACCUCCAGGUCUGGUGGGGGGGACAGAUCCCUGAGGUGGAGGUGACAUGUCUUUCUUCUUCUCCUUCCUCCUUCCUGUUCCCUGAAAUGAUGGCUGGGGCUCAGCAGCCACUUUGCACCAUGAGGCAGCACACUGAGGCUAGUAGGGCAGCAAGGAGGAAGGGGCCUGGAUCGCUGGUGACCAGGAACCACUGUACUAGCCCCACACUGCCUACCUUAGGACCCCUUUCCUUGGGAGAGAAAUAAAUUGCUGUGGGGUUGAAGCCA